AUGAAUAUAGCGGUGGCAUUACUGAACCGAGGGGUCAACAGUUCAUCGCUGGUUGCUUUUUGUGGCGUAAACUCAAUACAACACACAAUAUUCAUAGUAGCCAUACAUCUAUUGGGAGUCACAUUCAUGCCUCUCAGUCCUAGCUAUGGUCAGUACGAAGUCGUUCAGCAGAUAAAAGUUUCUGGUGCCGACAUCUUGGUUUGCUCGUCUAAUGAGCUUUCUAAAUUUAGCGCCAUAUUGAACGACAAAAACAGCGAGCUAAAAUUGGUUGUGGUGUUUGAUGGUCUACACGAUCGCCACAUCACAUAUGAACAGCUCAGGGAUGAGGGCCAAAGGUUUGGCGGAAAGUUGGCUAAAGUGCCACACUUUAAGGUAGAAUCGGUAGAAGAGACCGUAUUUCUUAUACACACGUCUGGAACUUCCGGUGCGCCCAAAUGCGCGAUAGUGCCCCAUAGGGUCAUUUUGAACAAUUUCAACUUGGUAAAUAGCGCCGGCGUUAACGUGAACGCUAUUUCGGCUUUCAUGUCACCGUUAGGUCAUAUAUCGGGCGCCAACACUCUACCCUUACAACUGGCAUUUGGUGGCACCAUGGUCAUGUUUGCUAACCGCCAGCCGGAUUUUGUCGCCCAGUGUAUACAAAAAUAUCAAAUAAACAGUGUAAUGUUAUACCCUAAUCUGGGUAAACAUCUGGUUGACCAUGGUUAUUUUGACCGAUACGAUAUGUCUAGUUUAAAAAUGGUGUUCACUGGCGCGGCUGCCUUUCCGGUCGACAUCGCCCGCGCGUUCAUUGAUAAGUACGGCGUUAUAUUUAGAGAGGCAACAUCAGAAUAUAAUCCUGGUAAUUGCGGCCAGGUAAUUCCAGGCACCGAGUUAAAAGUCGUCGAUUUGACCACGGGUAAAGUCCUUGGUCCAAAUCAAGAUGGCGAGUUUUAUGUACGAGGGGUCAAUAUGAUUAGGGGCUAUAAAAACAAUGAUAAAGCGUGGGCUGAGGCGGUUGAUCGUGAGGGUUGGUUUAGGACUGGAGAUAUCGGGCACUACGACGACAGGCAGUGUAUAUUCAUUACGGAUCGUAUGAAAGAAGUGAUGCGCGUAGGAGUGGGUCAGUCAUAUGCUAACAUAUCUCCCGUAGAGAUAGAACAGUAUCUCCUGACCCACCCUUCCAUCGCUGAAGUGGUUGUUGUGGGCGUUAAUAACAAGGCGGGCACACAUCGCCCCCGGGCUUAUGUUGUGCUCACACCAGGACAUAGUGUUACUGCGACUGCUAUUGAAGAGUUUGUUUCC